GGCAAGCAAUCGUGUAUUGUGUAGUUUUUCCCCAGUAAUCAAACUACGAUCUCUGCGAAUACGAACUGUAUGAGGCGCCACCUUGACGCUUACUGCAGCAUUGGACUCCGACUGCGUCGUACCAUAUCAAACCAACCCUACUCCAUCGUUUACAAGCACCGAAUCACCCAGGAUCAUGUCUGGCUUCGUUCCCGGCCCCCUGCUCACGGUGAAGCCCUCUCGGGGACUCGUGGACGAAAAGUUCGAGGUCGUGGUGCGGAAUUUGUCGCCGGGGGAGGAGGUCACCCUGUACUCCCUGCAUCAGUCUGAGGACAAAGACUACUGGGAGGCUUUCGGCCACUAUGUCAGCGACGCAGGAGGAACAAUUACGGUUGCAGCGGACGCGAGCGUUGGAGGCUCGUACCUGGGCAUCGAGUCCAUGGGUCUGCUCUGGAGCAUGAAGCCGGUGCCUGGGAGCAGAAAGGGCCUCCGGUUGAGGAAGAUGGAUGCCUGCUCUCCGAUGUUGGUGCACAUCUCUGUGCACAGAGGCCACAUCAGCCAGGGCUUUGCGGAGGCGGUGCCCUUGGCGACUGCCUUGGCUGAGCGCUGGUAUCUGGCGCCGGGCGUCCGCAGGGUUGAAGUCCAAGAGAAGGGGGUGAAAGGGACCCUCUUUCUGCCACCAGGUCCUGGACCCUUCCCUGGUAUUCUGGACAUGUGGGGUGGGGGCGGCGGCCUGUUGGAGUAUCGCUCCGCCCUCCUGGCAUCACAUGGCUUUGUCUCCAUGGCCUUGGACUACCUUCCUUGGGAUAAAAAACCCAGCAAAGCCAGAGAUAUUAUACUGAGUUAUUUUGAGAGUGCCUUCAAUAUUGUGCGGGAGCACCCCCUGGUGGCCACUGACAGAGUUGCGUUGUUCGGCCUGUCUCUCGGUGCCAGCGUGUCCAUUGCUUUGGCAACGACCUCAAGAGUAAAUCCCACAUGUUGUGUGUGCAUCAAUGGAGGGCAUGUGUUUUCUCCUGUGAAACAUCUGGAAAGCUUGGUUAAGGGCCAUGCUCAAGGGUCCAACGGCUGUGCGGAUCUUAUUGUGGCAACACCGGGAUUAGAACCACCGACCUUGCGUGUCCCAGUCAUUUACCUUAACCACUACGCUACAGGCCGCCCCAAAAGACAAAUAAACCAGAAGGUCUUCUUCGAUGAAAACAAUCACCAGAUUUGGAGAAAUAUUAAUUUGCCUAUCCCUGAUGACCCAGGCCAGAAAAUGCAACUUGGAAACAUAAAGUGCCCGGUGAUGCUCAUCGUGGGAUUGGACGAUCAGAACUGGCCUUCAAAAGAGUGUGCGGAGGAUAUGGAGAUGAUAAUGGAGAAGGCUGGAAAUGUUGAUCUCCUAACUGUCCUCUCCUAUCCUGAGGCGGGACACCUCAUCGAGCCACCCUACACGCCACACUUCCGCUCCAGCAACUUCAUCUUGCAGUACAACCGGGAGAAAGUGGUCUUGUGUUGGGGGGGUCGGCCCAAGCUGCACGCAGACGCCCAGGAGGACUCCUGGAGGAAGAUCCUCCAGUUUCUACGGCUGCACCUCUGCCAAAAACACGCACCCGCCCUGGCGUCCAAGCUCUGAGUCCCGCCUUCACACACCUCCGCCUUCAGAGAGGGGCAGUGGCGAAUGA